AAAAUCCGCAUUUGAAAUCCGACCUAUAAAUUCCCGAAAAUAACCCCGACACUUCUCGCUUUGUUUUUCUUACUGUCAGUGACACAGAAAGAGAGAGAAAAACAUCACGCGAAGAGUGAACUAGUUCUGUUCUUUCACUUCCAAAUCCUGAAUCUCUGUUCGAUUGAACGGAGUGUGGUGGAUUGUGUAGUUUUUUAGAUCUAUCUAAGCAAGAUCAGUAUGGGUGAGGAAGAAGUAGUGGCUGAAGUUUCUAAGACUGAUUCAAAUGGAGGCAGCGUUCCUGUGAAAUCGUUAGGGGAUGUUGUUGAGAAGAAAGACUUGGAAACUGAUGGAGGGAAAGUCUUGGAGAGUAACGGAGUCAAAGAGGUGAAAGAAAAUGAUGUAAAAGAAAUUGAAGAAGAUAAGAAAGAUGAGGGUGUGGAGGAGGUACAAGAGGAUAAGAAAGAUGAAGAUGCGGUGGGAGAAGUAAAAGAGGAUAAGAAAGCCGAUGGGGGCGAUGAAGUAAAAGAGGAUAAGAAAAAUGAUGGAGUGGAAGAAGUGAAAGAUGAUAAGAAAGACAAUGUAGCUGAUGAAGUAAAAGAGGAUAAGAAUGGUGAUGUGGUAGAAGUAAAAGAGGAUAAGAAAGACGAUGUGGUGGAAGAAGUAAAAGAGGAUAAGAAAGACGAUGCGGUGGAAGAAGUGAAAGAGGAGAAGAAAGAUGAAGGGGCUGGUGAAGUAAAAGAGGAGAAGAAAGAUGAUGGGGUGGAAGAAGUAAAAGAGGAUAAGGAAGUUGAUGGUGCAGAUGAAGUAAAGGUGGAAAAGAAUGAUAAUGAGGUGGAAGAAGUAAAAGAUGAUAUGGAAGUUGAUAGUGUGAAAGAACCAGUGGAGGAUAAGAAUGAUGAUGAUGACAUCCAAGAAAUGGAAGAGGAUGACAAAAAUGUUGCUGAAUCUGAGAAUGAGAAAAUGGAUGUUGAUGCUGAGGUUAAGGAAACUACAGAAGAUAAAGAAGAAAAGGAAAAAAUAGAAGCUGAAAAAGAAGCAGAGGGUAGCAUUGAGGAGAAAGAAGAGGGUAAUGAUGAGGAGAAAACUGAAGUAGAGGAGAAGGAAGAAGGUGAUGACAAUGAGAAAUCUGAAGAAGAGACAGAGGAGAAGGAAGAGGGCGAUGAAAAGGAGAAAACUGAAGCAGAGACGGAGGAGGAGGAGGAGGCCGACGAGGAUACUAUUGAUAAAUCAAAAGAAGAAGAUAAGGCCGAGGGUAGUAAGGGUGAGAAAGGAUCAAAAAAGCGUGCCAGAGGGAAAGUUAAUGAGGAGAAAGUGAAAGUCAAAAAGAAGGAACUGAAGCUGCCAGAGCCAAAGACUCCAACUAGUGAUCGUCCAGUGCGAGAAAGGAAAUCAGUUGAGAGAUUGGUAGCAUUAAUCGAUAAAGAUUCGACCAAGGAAUUACAGAUCGCAAAGGGCCGUGGCACACCUUUAAAAGAUAUACCCAAUGUGGCAUUUAAGUUAUCCAGAAGGAAGACUGAUGAUAGUCUCAAGUUGUUCCAUACAAUCCUCUUUGGAAGGAGAGGGAAGGCAGUUCAGGUCAAGAGUAAUAUAUUGAGGUUUUCUGGUUUUGUAUGGCAUGACAAUGAGGAGAAGCAAAUGCUUAAAGUAAAAGAAAAGCUAGACAGGUGUAAUAAAGAGAAGUUACUGGAAUUCUGCGAUGUGCUUGACAUAACAAUUACCAAGUCAACAACAAAGGAAGAUAUUAUUGCUAAGCUGACGGACUUUUUGGUUGCCCCUCAUGCAACCACAACUGUGGUACUUGCAGAUAAAGAGUCAAGCAAGAAGCGUAGGCGGACUGUAAAACGUGGUACACCAAGGUCUGGUGGGGCUAGUACUUCAAGAGGUUCUGGAAAGAGGCAGAAGAAAAAUGAAGAUUCUUCAGGAGUGGAGAAAAAGAGCACAACUGACACAGAAGAUGAAUCAGAGGGAGAAGAGAAAAAUGAAGAAAAUGAUGAUGAACCUGAAAAUGAUAUUCCUGAGAAAUCUGAAGAUGAAACGCCACAAAAAUCUGAAAGGGAAGAUAAGAGUGAUUCUGGGAGUGAAUCUGAAGAUGUGAAAAAAAGGAAAAGACCCUCCAAAACAUCAUCUGCAAAGAAAGAGUCCGCCGGAAGAAGCAAAACUGAGAAAUCUACGGUCACAAAUAAAUCUCGCUCACCACCACCUAAGAGAGCACCUAAGAAAUCAUCAAAUACCAGACCAAAGUCUGAUGAUGAUAUCAAUGAAAGUCCAAAGGUAUUUUCUAGGAAGAAGAAAAGUGAGCAAGGGGGGAAGCAGAAGAUAUCAACUCCGACUCCAACUAAGUCUUCCUCAAAGUCCAAAGAGAAAACUGAAAAGGUUACUAAGGGAAAAGGCAAGAAGAAAGAGACGUCCUCAAGUCCCACAGAUGAUCAGUUGCAUGAUGCAAUAUGUGAAAUUCUUAAAGAAGUUGACUUCAAUACGGCGACAUUUACUGACAUUCUGAAACUACUCGCUAAACAAUUUGAUGUGGAUCUCACCCCAAAAAAGUCAGCUAUCAAGCUCAUGAUUCAGAAAGAGCUGGCAAGACUAGCUGAAGAAGCAGAUGAGUCCGAGGAAGAUGAAGAGGAGGAUAACGAGAAAGAUGAAGACCGGUCUUAAACCUUAAGCCUGACUGUUGAUUGUGGAUUAGACAUUACUGCUUGGUGUUAGGGUUUUAGCAAUGCAUAAUACUGUAAUUCUCAUGUACAAUUUAUUUUGUGUAGAAGUGGCUGUAUCUUAUUCUUGAUUCUUAACAUCCUUCCAAUCUGAAGAGAACAACAAACUUGUAUUUUGGCAUAAUUUUGUGCAGCCUUUUGGUUGGGUUGGCUGCCAGCAUGUAGUUUAUUGUGUACACAUCAACAUCAUUUUUAGCCUUUUUUUUUUUUCUUUUCUUUCUAGUUUCAAGGAUCUGUCUAUUUAAUAAUUAUUUAACCUUUGAAGUUGACACCUUUCUGGGCUUA